GCGGGAGGUGAUGGAUGGAGCCCGGUGGGAGAAGCUAAAUCCAGGCGGGAGCUAAAUCUCUGCUCCGGAGGGACCUGGACUUCUUGCUUAGGGUGUCGAAGAGGCGGCCGGACCUGUUGAAGGUUGUACCCACGCGAGACCACUCCGGCCACCGCUCGCCGCAGGGGAAAGCGGAUUCCUGGGGUUUUUCACCCGCUGGAUUGUAGCCGGGGACCCGGCUAGGGUUUUGGGGGGGCCCAUCGCGAGAUGUACCAGAGUUUAGCCAUGGCAGCUAACCCCGGCCCUCCGGCUUACGAGGGGGCAGGUGGCUUCAUGCACAGCGCGGCCGCAGCGUCCCCAGUCUACGUCCCCACCACGAGGGUCACCUCCAUGAUCCCCAGCCUGCCUUACCUCCAGAGCAGCGGCUCUUCCCAGCAAGGCAGCCCCGUCUCCAGCCACUCCAUCUGGACGCAACCCGGAGCCGAAAACGCCGCUUACAACCCCGGAUCUUCUCACCCUCCUGUGUCACCUCGGUUCUCCUUCUCCACCAGCACCCCCAUCCCCGCCACCUCUUCCCGGGAAGCCGCGGCGGCUUAUAGCAGCUCCUUGAACCUUUCUGCCAACGGGAGGGAGCAGUACGGCAGGGGUUUCGGCAGCUCCUAUUCCAGCCCGUACCCGGCUUAUAUGAGCCCCGAAAUGGCCACAACUUGGACUUCUUCCCCCUUCGACAGCCCCAUGCUGCACAACCUGCAGAGCCGAGGGACGCCCGCAGCCGCCCGCCACGCCAACAUAGCAGAUUUUUUUGACGAUUACUCAGAGGGGCGAGAAUGUGUCAACUGUGGGGCCAUGUCCACCCCGCUCUGGAGGAGAGACGGCACGGGGCACUACCUCUGCAAUGCCUGCGGGCUCUACCACAAGAUGAAUGGCAUCAACCGGCCCUUGUUCAAACCUCAGAGGAGGCUGUCGGCUUCUCGCCGCGUUGGCCUCUCUUGUGCCAAUUGCCACACAACGACCACCACGCUCUGGCGCAGAAAUGCCGAGGGAGAGCCCGUCUGCAACGCCUGCGGACUCUACAUGAAGCUCCAUGGGGUUCCAAGGCCUUUAGCAAUGAGAAAAGAGGGUAUUCAGACAAGGAAGCGCAAGCCAAAGAACCUUAGCAAAACAAAGACACCGGCAGGUCCAUCCAGCAGCGAGAGUCUUACCCCGACCACCAGCUCUGCCAGCAGCAGCAGCAGCAGCGCCACGACCACCGAGGAAAUGCGCCCCAUAAAAACAGAACCUGGGCUCUCAUCUCAUUACGGGCACCCCAGCCCAAUUUCUCAGGCAUUCUCAGUCUCUGCCGUGUCCGGCCAUGGAUCAUCUAUUCACCCUGCAAUUUCAGCUCUGAAGCUUUCCCCGCAGGCUUACCAGUCAGCAAUCAGCCAGUCUCCCCAAACCAGCUCCAAACAGGACUCCUGGAACAGCCUGGUGUUAGCUGAAAACCAUGGGGACAUCAUAACUGCAUAAGCUGGUCUUCCACCCAUGGACUUCAGGCUGAUCCACUUGAGAGAUGAAGAAGAUGCCACGUAAUCAUCAAGUCAAUGUUGUUUCCCACCUCCCCUGCUCUCCCAUCUUCUCUCCCUUUGUGAGAUGUUCCAGCAAAGAGGUAAAGAGGACUUAUUUGAGGUGUAGGAGAGCUCUCACGAAACCAACAGAGAAGACUCAAAUCUCAAAGUAAUUGAUGGACUUCAAGCCUUUUUCCCCCCACUUUAAAUGAGCCUCUCCAUUUGAUUGCCACCAUCCUCUACAGAACAGCCAGAAACACAAAGUUGGACACAAUUCUUGAGCUUUGUUUAUUUAAAAACAUCUGGCAUUUAAGACUCAGAUGAUGGUGGAACAGAGACACUUGGUUUUUUUUUAAUCUGUCACCAUCUGUUCUUUUCCUGACCAGAAGAAAAUGUCACCAUCUUCUCACUACCCAAAUUCAGUGAUCUUCCACCAAAUGAAGCCAGUUCCAGAACAGUUUGUUGAAUAGACUUCACUAGACAUGCGGUGGUGGCUUUAGAGGAUUUGAUAUGAUGCAGGGCACAGAAAAAGGAGACCCUCCCUCACAUACAUCCUCAGCUCACACAUCUAGAGCGUUGUCUUCAUUUUCCUAGAUAGUCUGAAAACCUAAUGAAUGUCCAUAUUUAAUAGUAACUCCUUUCCUAUUUAUCAUUACAAAAUCAUGGGACUGUGUUUCCAAAAGGUUGUUAGCUGAGCCUGGAGAAGGUCUGUCCAAAGUCAAAGGGGGAUUUUGGAAGGAGGAACCUUCUGGAAGCAGGUAGAGGAGACCCACAUUGGUCAUCAAAUGCUGGAGGAGACUGUUCCCUUAUGGAAAGCAACAAGCCAGGCUUAGAAAUCAUUCAAGAGCACAGCAUGUGAAAGACGCUCUUCUAACACUGCUGUGUCAUCGCUUUUUGAGACAGCUAAUUUAAUUAUUUUGCAUACUUUUCUGCUGGUUUUGAUGUCAUUGAUGAAAUCUGACUGCCACUUCUUUUUGGCUGUACUGUGAGUGUCCGCUUUCCCCCUAACAGCUGGCUCAUGACCAUUUCACAUGUCUAACCCUUUAGGACUUCACCUUUUGCCACAAGCAAAGGCUUCAGCCUCUAAUGGAUGUAGGCAGGGGCCGAUUUCUUUACCAAGCAUGUGCACAGACUUGCUUGCCUGCAAGAGAAGCAUAACUCCAUUCAUGCACGAGUAUUAAAUGAGACUCGUAUUUUUUCUCGCCCAUAAGGCUCUCAGUAACCAGGGAACCCUAGCAAAUGGGGUUGGAAGAGAUGCUGAGAGCUCUACUGACUCAUUCCCUUUUCCCAAAGGGAUCACUUCUACCUACCAGCCCUAGCUGCUCUUUCUCCAGCAUGUGCUUAACAAACUCCAGCAUCGCAGAUGCCACAGCUCCCCUGUGCAAAGUGCUUCACCAGAUGCUUGCCAUGAUGUUUUCAUCAACAUUUCAAAGGAGGAAAUUUCCAUUUCCAGGCAGCGAAUUUCUGGGAGACCUCAUCCUACAAGAUUCUCUGCCUUUAUUUCUGUCUGCUCUCAAACUCUGUUAUUCUUCUUGCCUUCCCAGCUUCUCUCUGUCCUCCCUGCACCCACAACUCGAGUACUGAACUACCAAGAGAAAAAUCUAGAAGAGGGAUUGUGCAUCCCCCACCCAAAAUGUGCCAUCCUCCAUCUCCCACUGUUUAACAUUCCCACAAAGAGUGUUUCCACCAAGAUACCCGGCUUGGCGAAGAGGAAAGCCGCAUACACAUCUGAAUCAAAAGCAUGGCAUUGUAUUGUCUUUGUUUGAACUCACCGUUUUCUUCCAGAUGGGAGAAAAGCUUCUUUAAGGAGAAGGAUUCAACUGGACUGGUCGCGAUAAAGACUGGGACUGAAGUGACAGUAGAGACCUGGACCCUUUCACAUUCCCUGUGCUCUGCGUAACUCAUAUCUGCAGGGUUUUGGGAAGGGGUGACAGAGCCUCUGCACUACCCGGAGAAAAAUACCAUGGCAGUGAUGCCAUGGAAAUGGUUGGAUGGUGUUUACACCACUUCCCACUUCGUGCGGCUGAGCAAAUACAUUAGCCUCAUUAGUGCUAGUUUCGGACAAGGAAAACACAUUCAUGAAACAUGGAUAAAAAUAAAUGAAAUUCCAUGAUUCUGCUCCAGCAUGGUAGGCUGCAGAGAAGAGGCCAGAAAUAGCAUUUAAAAAAUACAAAUUUGGGGUGAAAACAUAGAGUUGUUUCUUCCUGGGCAUGCAGGUCUUUAGCCAGCAUCCUCCUUGAACUAUUAAUAUAUUCCUUUGUCAAUGGCAACUGAGCUCUCUUGAGACCUGGCUGUGAAUUCCUGUCCGUAACGGAGAAUCACGCACCACAAAGAUGCCUCUUGGCUAACGCACACGUCUGAGACACCCAGAACCACCCUGGACAACCCGAGAGGGAGGGGAACAGGCGAUCUCCUGCAGAGGAGCUAAAGUCCAGACCAAUCACAUGCCCCAUUUCUCUUUUCAUACGGAUGCUCCCAGAGCUUCUGUCCACCUUGCCUUAUUACUGCUCUCCUCCUCCUGCCCUCAAAGCUAAAAUCCCUGGCUGAAUUUUUCUCCUGCCCUUUAAAACACACUCUGAGAUGCCAUGAAGGAGUCUGCUUGCGAUGCAGGAGGGGAAAAAAAACCCUGCAGGACAUCAGACUGCCUGAUGCUCCCUCAGGUUACCUGAAUAAUCAUGGUAGAGAUUCGUUAAUUGGUUCUAAGCCUUCCUCAAAGCCUUAAAAAUAAUUCUUGAAACAGAGUGAGGAGCAUUUACAAGGACCAUGGUAACAAAACAAGAUGUCUGCUUUCAAAUGGUGAGGUUUUGGGGCUGGGAGGACAACUUGGUUCUCUUUAGUGGUAGAAAUUACCUCUUUUGUCCCCCUUUUUCACCAUGAGCAGUAGAAGUCCAGAUACACCUGUUCUGCUGUUCUUCUCAAUCAUCCAGAACCGCUGUAGAACAGCAUUUGCUGUAUUCUGACCAACACUGAUAUCAAGCUGGUGAAAUGUUGACUUUGGAUGGAGCACCAUUGUGCCAGGUGCUGUACAAACAUACCAUAAGAGAUGGGUCCUGUUCGAUGGAGCUUGUAACAAUAGAAUUAUGGAAUAAUUAAAUCAGAAGGGAUUAGAUCAGGUUUCUCAGGGCCCUGUUCAGUCAAGUGUUGAAUAUCCUCAAGAAUAGAAAUGCUGAAGCCUCUCUGGGUUCUUGCUCCAGUGUUUACCACCCUCAUAGCGAAAAUGUUUUUCCAAAUAAAGGUUAGAUUCUAAUGAGAAUCAAAAUAAUUGGUAAAUUAAUUGCUCAGACUUAGAGACUCACAAAAAAAUGAGUCAUUGCAGGAGGCUGAACAUCAUCUCCAAGCACUGGGGUCACACAGAGCCUCUUCUUGUAGGUAGGAAAUGGGAUGACCAAUGCAGGUUGACAAACACCAGAAGUGACAGAUGAAGGAUACUCACAGGAUGGGAGGAUAAAAGUGCGACCAGCCUCAGGACACUCAGCUCACUCCAGCAGAAGGGGCAACUUACCAAAUUCUGGGUUCAAUCUGAGUUCUGCCUUCUUUCCCAUGAAAGGGAAGGGGAGGUAUUUAGAGCUUGAUUUGUUAAUGAAAUAAGAUACAAUUAUUACAAAUCUGUUAAGGCAAAAUAAUUAUUUCUAUUAUAAUUGCUAGAGAACAUAGUGAGGACAGUAGCAAGCCAGGUCCUACACAAAUGCAGCACCAAGAACUAUUCCUGCCCUGAGGAGUAAGAGGGAAGGGCCUAGUCCUGCAAAACAUUUAAGCAUGAUAAAGGCAUUUGCAGGAUUUGUUCCCUUGGAGGUCACCAUUAAUCACACAUGCAAAUUUUGAUGUCAAAGGGUUUUUAGCAGAAGGUUUGGUUGUGUCAAACCAGAUCUUUGCAAGGGCUCAGUGGUCACCAGAGUGAGAUGGGCAGAUAAGAACCAGGAGCCAGAGCAGUGGAAAGGUCAUUUAACCAUGUCUAGAUGUCUUUCCUCUUUGUGGAAGUGCAAUAUCUGGAAUCACUUCAGUUAUUUUGUAAAUUGAUCAGGCAAAAUCUGUAUUUCACUUGCAAUGUUAUGGGCUGGCUGGAGAGGGUGCAGUCAGGAGGAGCUCAGGAAUAUUGUAAGGGAGCUUUAAAACCAAUCAACAACUCCUAAUUUAACAUUGAAGCUGUGACUAUGUCAGGGGUGGUGUUUUGUUUUGCCUUAUUUUUUUUCUCCCCAUGUAUAAAGUUAGAAGCUUCCCAGGUCUUCUGGGAAGGUCUCAUGGAGACAGACACUUAUUUGUAAGGGAGAGAGGGAAACCAACCAACUGAACAAGUUGUAAUUAUUUAAAAAUGUAAAAAAAAUAUAUAUUAUGAAGUAGUAUGGCUACCAAUCCACAUAACUUCUACACCUUUAGGACUAAUGGAAAUAAAACAAUGAUAAUAAAA